UCUAGGUUUUGGAGACAGUGAAAUUGAGGGAGCUCGUGGUGGGGGGAGCUGAGCGAGGAGCGCGCGCGACGAGAUGAUGAUAUCGCGAGGGCUGUUCGGCUGGUCGCCGCCGCACGUCCAGCCGCUGACGCCGGUCUCGGAGGUGUCCGAGCCGCCGGAGUCCCCUUCCCCGUACGUCGACACGAGCGCGGAGCCCGGGGGCCCCGCCGGUGCCCAGGUGGAGCCGGAGGAGGAGAUGGAGGAGCCCGAGGAGGUGGAGCCGCCCCCCGCCGCCGUGCCGUUCUCGCGGCUCUUCGCCUGCGCGGACCGCCUCGAUUGGGGCCUGAUGAUCGUGGGAUCUCUCGCCGCCGCCGCCCACGGCACCGCUCUCGUCGUUUAUUUGCAUUACUUCGCCAAGAUUGUGCACGUCCUUCACUUAGGGGAUCCGCGAGGAGCGUCGACUCCACCUUCUUCAAAUCCCGAGAUGUUUCACAGGUUUAAAGAGCUCUCUCUAUCGCUUCUUUGGAUCGCGGUUGGUGUCUUUGCUUUUGGUUGGAUUGAGGUCUCAUGCUGGAUAUUGACGGGGGAACGACAAACGGCAGUCAUCCGGUCAAAGUAUGUUCAAGUGUUGCUUAACCAGGACAUGAGUUUUUUCGAUACAUAUGGGAACAAUGGGGACAUCGUGAGCCAAGUAUUAAGUGACGUGCUACUCAUUCAGUCUGCUCUCAGCGAAAAAGUUGGAAAUUAUAUUCAUAACAUGGCCACUUUUUUCAGUGGCCUAGCUAUUGGGUUUGUCAACUGUUGGCAGAUUGCCCUGAUAACGUUAGCAACUGGUCCUUUCAUUGUUGCUGCUGGAGGAAUAUCCAAUAUAUUUCUUCAUAGGCUUGCUGAGAAUAUCCAAGAUGCAUAUGCAGAAGCAGCUAGCAUUGCUGAACAGGCAGUUUCAUGUAUUAGGACCUUAUAUGCAUUCACCAAUGAAACAUUGGCCAAGUAUUCAUAUGCAACUUCACUGCAAGCGACUCUGAGAUAUGGUAUCCUGAUAAGUCUCGUGCAAGGACUUGGGCUUGGAUUUACUUAUGGGCUUGCAAUAUGUUCUUGUGCCUUGCAACUUUGGGUUGGGAGGUUCCUAGUUACGCGUGGAAAGGCUCAUGGUGGUGAAGUCAUAGCAGCCUUGUUUGCUAUAAUACUAAGUGGGCUAGGUCUGAAUCAAGCUGCAACAAAUUUCUACUCAUUUGAUCAAGGAAGGAUUGCUGCUUAUAGACUUUUUGAGAUGAUUAGCCGAUCAUCCUCUUCAGUCAAUCAUGAUGGGAGUACUUUGGUGUCUGUUCAAGGAAAUAUUGAGUUCCGGAAUGUGUAUUUCAGCUAUCUUUCUCGCCCUGAAAUCCCUAUUCUGAGUGGAUUUUAUCUCACCAUACCUGCUAAGAAAGCUGUUGCACUUGUUGGCCGGAAUGGUUCAGGGAAGAGCAGUAUCAUUCCUCUGAUGGAGCGGUUUUAUGAUCCCACUUUAGGAGAAGUUCUUCUUGAUGGAGAAAAUAUUAAGAAUAUGAAAUUGGAAUGGCUAAGACGCCAAAUAGGACUGGUUACCCAGGAACCUGCCUUACUAAGCCUGAGCAUCAGAGAUAACAUUGCUUAUGGCCGGGAUGUUACAGUGGAUCAAAUUGAGGAAGCUGCCAAAAUUGCACAUGCACAUACCUUCAUCUCUUCACUCGAAAAAGGAUAUGAGACACAGGUCGGUACAGCUGGUUUGGCAUUGACAGAAGAACAGAAAAUUAAACUUUCUAUUGCGAGAGCUGUGCUUCUAAAUCCAUCAAUUCUUCUGCUUGAUGAGGUCACUGGUGGACUUGAUUUUGAGGCUGAAAAGGUUGUCCAGGCAGCUCUUGAUCUCCUUAUGCUGGGGCGCUCUACUAUAAUCAUUGCUCGGCGUCUUAGCCUCAUCAGGAAUGCCGAUUACAUUGCUGUGAUGGAGGAGGGACAGCUCGUUGAAAUGGGCACACAUGAUGAAUUAGUAGGCCGGGAUGGUCUUUAUGCAGAGCUUCUUAGAUGCGAAGAAGCAGCAAAGCUUCCUAGGAGGAUGCCUGUUAAACACUAUAAAGGAGCUACUGCUGCUUUUGAAAUUGAAAAGGAUUCUUCAGUAAAUCAUAGCUUCCAAGAACCUUCAUCUCCCAAAAUGGCAAAAUCACCCUCUCUUCAGCGGUUUCCUGGCGUUCAUGGAUUUCGACCAGCAGAUGUUACUUAUAGCUUACAAGAAUCACCAAAAGUGCGGAGCCCCCCUCCUGAGCAUAUGCAGGAAAAUGGUAUCCCAACAGAUGCAGGGGAUAAUGAGCCAUCAAUGAGGAGGCAGGAUAGUUUUGAGAUGAGAUUGCCAGAGUUACCAAAGAUUGAUGUUCAGUCUGUACAACGACAAGUGAACGGUUCAGAUCCCGAGUCUCCUGUUUCACCCCUUCUGACAUCAGAUCCGAAAAAUGAGCGUUCACAUUCUCAAACAUUUAGUCGACCACAUAGUCACUCUGAUGAUAUGCCGAUAAAAUCAAAGGAUGCAGAGGACAGAACACAUGGGGAAGCACCGUCACUGUGGCGAUUGGCAGAGCUUAGUUUCCCAGAAUGGCUUUAUGCUGCAUUAGGCAGUGUUGGUGCUGCAAUAUUUGGCUCUUUUAAUCCUCUACUUGCUUAUGUAAUCGCCUUGAUAGUAACAGCAUACUAUAGAUCUCGCGAAGGUCCUCAUCUGAGGGAGGAGGUUGAUAAAUGGUGUUUGAUCAUAGCUUGCAUGGGAGUAGUAACUGUAGUGGCCAAUUUUCUUCAGCACUUCUAUUUUGGUAUCAUGGGGGAGAAAAUGACGGAAAGAGUUCGUAGGAUGAUGUUUUCAGCAAUGCUUCGCAAUGAAGUGGGAUGGUUUGAUGAAGAGGAGAAUAGUGCUGACACUCUAUCCAUGCGCUUAGCAAAUGAUGCUACUUUUGUCCGGGCUGCCUUUAGUAAUCGUCUUUCCAUAUUUAUACAGGACAGUGCUGCUGUUAUUGUGGCUGUCCUUAUAGGGAUGCUGUUACAAUGGCGACUAGCACUUGUGGCUUGUGCAACCCUGCCCGUUCUUACUGUUUCAGCUAUUGCACAGAAACUAUGGCUUGGUGGCUUCUCAAGGGGUAUCCAGGAAAUGCACAGGAAGGCAUCUUUGGUCCUUGAGGAUGCGGUUCGAAACAUAUACACCGUUGUUGCAUUUUGUGCUGGUAACAAAGUCAUGGAGCUGUACAGAUCACAAUUAAAGAGAAUACUCAAGCAGAGUUUUCUUCAUGGAGUGGCAAUUGGUUUUGCAUUUGGUUUCUCCCAGUUUCUACUUUUCGCUUGCAAUGCCCUUCUUCUGUGGUACACUGCAUUAUUGAUUAAGAAUCAACAUAUGGAUCCACCGACUGGCAUGAAGGAAUUUAUGGUUUUCUCCUUUGCAACAUUUGCUCUAGUGGAGCCUUUUGGACUGGCUCCAUAUAUACUGAAACGACGGCAAUCUCUUACAUCUGUAUUUGACAUAAUUGACCGAGCGCCUAAAAUCGACCCUGAUGAUAUUUCGGCAAUGAAGCCUCCUAAUGUCUAUGGGAGUAUUGAGUUAAAAAAUGUUGACUUUUGUUAUCCAACUCGCCCCGAAGUAUUGGUCCUGAGUAAUUUCAGUCUUAAGGUAAAUGGGGGACAAACUGUGGCGGUGGUUGGAGUUUCAGGAUCUGGAAAGAGCACCAUAAUAUCUUUGAUUGAAAGAUUCUAUGAUCCAGUUGCUGGUCAGGUUUUGCUAGAUGGACGAGAUUUGAAGCUUUACAACUUGAGAUGGUUGAGAAACCACCUAGGCCUUGUUCAGCAGGAACCCAUUAUAUUUUCAACAACCAUCAGAGAAAAUAUCAUCUACGCCAGGCACAAUGCAAGCGAAGCAGAGAUGAAGGAGGCUGCUAGAAUAGCAAAUGCUCAUCAUUUCAUCAGCAGCUUGCCUCAUGGUUAUGACACGCAUGUGGGGAUGAGAGGUGUUGAUCUAACCCCAGGACAGAAACAGAGAAUUGCAAUUGCUCGUGUAGUUUUGAAGAAUGCUCCCAUAUUGUUAUUAGAUGAAGCUAGCUCAUCCAUCGAAUCUGAGUCAAGUAGGGUGGUGCAGGAGGCUCUUGAUACGCUGGUGAUGGGAAACAAAACCACCAUUCUUAUAGCCCAUAGAGCUGCAAUGAUGCGGCACGUCGACAGCAUUGUAGUUCUCAAUGGGGGACGCAUUGUGGAAGAAGGAACCCAUGAUUCUUUAAUGUCCAAGAAUGGUUUGUAUGUACGUUUGAUGCAACCUCACUUUGGGAAGGGUUUGCGUCAACACCGUCUUGUUUAGCAGUACCAGUGGGGUUUAUGCGGAUUGUAGUUUUGGCUGUUGAAAGUUCUUGAUUCUCCCUGCCGAUUGCUGGAGAUGCUGAUGAGAUAAAAAGCAUGGGGAGAUUUGUCGGAGAUGCUGGCAUUCCAGAAAGCACACGGAUGAAAGAAAUGGCAUAGGCUUCUAUAAAUGCUAAGCAGGAAAGAUCAAAUUGUCAAAAUAUUGGGGAGAAUACUUAUUCAGGUGUCCAGUUGGCUUGUUGAGGAUGUGGUUCAGGUUAGAUGCAUAUUCUUUUGGAGGCAAGCACCAUUGUAUAAAAGCCCAAUUAGCCUCCAGGGCAGAUCGAUUUGUUAAUUUAUUGGUCAAAGAGUGAUAUGGUGAUUCUAGUCAGGAUAAGGUAUGUUUUCUUGCUGAUUUCUCUUUUUUCGCUACGGUCCUUGCUGUUUCUUGCUGUGUAUCUUUCCCAAUUUUGUGCAUGGUAUAGAAUGAUUAUAGAUUGGAGAGAGGCAAAGUUAAGGCUGUCUAUUCUCAGUUAUCCUGGUGAUUGUUGUUGUUCUCGAGCUCCAUGUAAUUUCCAUGGUUUAGCUUGCUAGGCUGCGUCUUAUAGAUUCCCACUUACACGACUCGGAAGGAGGUUCAUAUUUU